CUCAGUGUGCAACCUCAUUUCAAUCGCAUCAAGUCGAUCUCGAAAAGUUUAUUUUAAUCUUAAAAUGCAAAAUUUUUUUAAUCCCCCAAAAACUCAUUCAAUUUUUAAAGCCAAAUGUAACUUAACAGGUAAGAUUGUGGACUAUAAAAUCCAAGACCUACCAGAAGGUCGUUACUAUGAGGCUGUAGAGCUGUUUGUCCGAGAUUAUCUUCAAUGUGAACCGAUGUGUGUCAGCAGAAAAAUGCACGACAAUGAGAACACAAAGAAUGAGUUCAAGAAGAUGUGGAUGAAUACAAUUAGACAGGGUGUGUCGAUUGCUUGCUUUAAUGCUGUUGGAACGAUGGUUGGAGUUAAUAUUUUGACGGUGAUACAAAAGGAUGGAAUUAAGACGUUUGAGAUUAACGAUCAAAACGUCAAAGACAUGGUCACUGUCAUGGACUACACCCUCAACCAAGCCAGCAUCUUCACAAAAUACAACACUGACAAGUACCUGGGAAGCUUAGGACUGUGUGUCAGUCGAGAGUAUCGAGGAUGUGGAAUCGCUAAAGAACUUCUUAAAGCAAGACGACAAGUCAUGGAGAAUUUGGGUUUGAUAGUUACUGCCACUGUAUUUUCAGCAAAAGGAUCACAAAAUGCAGCAAAAAGUGUUGGUUUUGAGGAAGUUUUUGCUGUUCGGUGAGAAAAUUUUUGUCAUUUGUUGA